GACCACUUUCUCGAACUCCCAUCAGAGUGCUCGGCAGCCAUCAUGAGUGCAAUGUGAAAAGAGUGAAAACAAUCGCUCGUGUUCAUCCAUUUUUAAUAGGACUAGUGUGAAACAUUUUCGCGCAAUGGCGACUAGGACUACUAAAUGUUGCAUCCUUAGUGUAUUAGUCCUCUCGGUUUAUCUUAGUGUGGUCGAAGGGCUCUUCCAGCGCUGCUACUCCUGCAGGUCCAGAGGGCGGCUGGGAGACUGCAAGGACCCCUUCAGGGUCAAUUCGACGUCGUCCCUGGUGCCCGGGGUAGAGGCAGUGCCCUGUGUCUCCGGCUGGUGUUCUAAGAUCAUCGAGGGCAAGAAGGAUGGUGAAGAUCACGAUCUAGCCACGGAACGCCAGUGUCUGCAGCGUUCGCCCCCCGACGAUAAGCAGAGGUGCUCGGAAGCUCUGGUGAAGAACAAAAAGGUCUUCAUCUGCUUCUGCCAAGGCGACCUGUGCAACUCGGCCAAGGGCGUCGGUCCCUCCUUACUCACGAUAACAGUUCUGGCGCCCGUCUUUUGUUUCCUCUUCAGUCGACAACAGCCGUGAUCGACAGCCACCAAUCUUUUUUUUUUUUUUUUUUUUUUGAGUGUCCUGCUUCCGUCCAUUCUCUACUUGCUUAGUUUAAUUCCCAGUCAUCACUUCAGCCUUCCGUACUCGCAAGAAUCUUGAACUGUACAAUGUACAGUCAUUCCUGUUACCAGUUACACAGUUCCACGACCGACGUAGCCUAGGCCAAGGUGGGCCUAGGCACUGUAUGUUACGUGAUUCUAGACGAAUAACACUUCAAUUCAUUUGACCAUUAAAAAUAAUAAAUAAAACGUCACAUGCCUUUUGCAAAAUCAAGAUGAUUCCUGCUAAACAUUUUCCCCAUAUCAUAAUUCUGGACAUAUUUGAAGGCGGCCCAAAUGAAGUUUAAAUGAUUAUUAUUACUGCUUCCAAGAGACAUUUUUGUUCAGAUAUAUAAUUCACGAACUCAAGUUGCUAUAAAAAAAAUUCUUUUAAGUCAAGUCGCAACGCAAUGCAUUUCUUGUACAGUAUUUCUAACUGUAAACCUUUACACAUCUUUGUAAUAUAAAAAAAAAAAAAAACACAGAAAAGCUUUCUCCAAUUAUUUCAAUACAGUAGAAUUCUCGAGGUGAACUGACCAUGUAAUUAAUACACAGUAUUCUGUUGAUCGUCAUGUACAGUCGAUGAAUGGUAGAAAAAAAAGUAUAGUGUAUAUUUUUUGGAAUGCCUGUUUUGUUUAUGGAUAUGUUUGUAAUGCAAAAGCCAGUGUGCUCGAUAAUUUAGUAUUAAAUGCCUUGUAAAAUAUUGUCGUAAGCUUAUAAAUAUAUAUAUAUAUAUAUAUAUAUAUAUAUAUAUAUAUAUAUAU